UGCUGUCGGGAAACGGGAAGACGAGCACGAGGCAGCGCGCUCUGACACAAGUACCUGCUCCGAUCGAUCAGCUAACCCAGCACUUCCAGAGACCACAGGCCUAUGCGACCGAUUGUCAGGAGAGACGAGGGGAGCAGCCGGGAUGGAUGUAUCCACAGCCUCAACAGUAACCAUUUCCACCAUGGGGGUUCAUAAAGUCCCUCUGGACGCUUGGGGACCUAUUGGGAGGGGCUUAAGUGCCUUGCUAAUUGGUAGGUCGAGUGCUACCAUCCAGGGGAUCAUGGUGCAUGUCGGAGUAAUCGAUGCCGAUUACACCGGACAGAUAUGUGCCAUGGUAUCGACACCCACCCCCCCUCUUUGUAUUGAAAAGGGAACGUGCAUUGCUCAACUUAUACCCUUUAUGAGCUGUGUUCCUAGGACAAAAGAUGUCACCCGAGGCACAGGAGGAUUUGGAUCCACUGGAGUUCCUCAAGUCCAUUGGACAACGACUGUGAAGGACUGUCGGCCUCAAAUGACCUGCGUGCUGAGUAUGGCACACGCGUCUCCCGCUACAGCAAAGUCAUACCACUUUGCCAGGUUUCAUCGCCACGGGGAAUGCUCGCGCAGAUCGCCUUGUUUCACCAGUUGCUUUGGGUCUAGUGCCCAAUCUUCGUCAACAGGCCAUCACUUCGCAUCAAUUUCUUCACCAAAGCCGGCAUGCCUUGGAACGGCAGUUUCAUUUGACGUCUGCUGAAACCCGUUCCAUUAUUACUGCAUGCCCUGACUGUCAAAGUCAAUCAGUACCUGCCUUUUAUGGCACUAACCCGAGAGGGCUACAAGCUUUACAGAUCUGGCAAACUGAUGUGACCCACAUUGCGGAAUUUGGUCGUUUGAAAUGCGUACAUGUGUCUGUGGAUACCUUCUCCUCUGUUAUAGUCGCUACUGCCCAUGCAGGUGAAACUGCCCGGGAUGUCAUUCGCCAUUGGCUGAGGGCCUUUUCUACGUGUGGAGUGCCACACCAAAUUAAGACUGAUAAUGGCCCUGCUUAUCUCUCUUCCCGGGUGCAAUCUUUUCUCCGAAUGUGGGGAAUUUCUCACGUCACUGGUAUUCCUCACUCUCCCCAGGGUCAAGGUAUUGUGGAACGAGCACAUGGUAUCCUUAAGCGUCAAUUAGAAAAACAGAAGGCGGGAAUGUCUGGGGAAACCCCCGAAGCUCGCCUCGCUAAGGCUACCUAUGUGCUCAAUUUUGUUAACAUCACGGAGGGCCAGCAGGAUCCACCCAUGGUCUGGCAUUUUGGUUCCUUACAAAAGUCCACACCUGUCUCUCCUGGGGUGAAAGUCAGGGUAAAAGAUUUGCACACAGGGCAGUGGUCUCAACCGUGCAAACUAUUAACUUGGGGUAGAGGGUAUGCUUGUGUUUCCACAGAUGAAGGACCGCACUGGGUACCUGCUCGAUGUGUCCGCCCUGUAUUGGAUGCACCAUGUCCACAAGUUACGUGAAGUCCAUCUAUGACCACACUCGACAACUGAAUGCUACUACCAUGGACUAAUAACGAAUGCACUGUCUGGGCUGUAACUCUUGCCUGUUCGUUUAGUUGUUUUUGUAUUAUCGAUAUUGCCAUGGUUUGUGUCUCCCUUGCAAGGGGUCCCGCAAUGGAUGACACUCGUUGGCGGUUUCUUUAAUACAAAAACAGGGGGAAUUGUGGUGGUUUUCCCCCAACUGGCCUGGGGGAUUCGGGAAGAGUUAAAGUUAGUAGGAACCUUUGUUCAGGGGAGAAUUACGCCCGGACCCGGAAAUUGUAACAAUAUGGUUUUCCAGUAAAAAGUGCUGAGCACAGCAAAAUGUGUUUCGUGACAUGCGCAGUAAGCAGAGUUAUAUAACACCGUUAGUGGCCAAUGGAAGAAUAUUUAUGUAUGUGGGAGCCAGUGGAGAGUUGACAUGUGUAGCCUAAAAAGUGUAUAAAAGUA